CUACAACCCCGACAACAAUAAAUUCCAACCACCGACACCGCUUUGUCUCGCUCAAGCAACCAGUGCGACAACUUUACUCCGACAAAUACAAUCAUGUCCGUUGCACAGCUCUCGAAACUGCUUCCUUUACCGGAGUCGGACCUGCAACAGGUACUGGAUUAUGCCGCGACCUUGUCGAAGCAAGGUGCUGCUGAUCAUUUCAACAACCUUCUGGGCGAGUCACCGCAGUCGAUAGACUUCAUUUCCUCCUUCAAUUCGCGCCGUCAAGAUCCAGCUUCAAGCUCGAAAGCACCGCAGACGGACGGUGUACCAAAACCGUCAAAGAAACAAACGAAGAAGAAACCGCCCCUCCAUACUCCCGCGCCCCGCCAAGUUGAAAAUACAUACGCUCAGGGCGUUGCAUAUCAAAAGAAGAAUGAAGAUGACUAUAUAUCAAAGAGACCUAUACCUGCAGGAUCAUCCUCACUCGACCCCAAACCCGCUGCUAUUCAAGCACCAAUACCCAAAGCACCGCCUUCCGCAGCAGGCACAUUAAUAUCCGACUUCAAAACAAAAUCCUCCUCCUCCUCCCGCGUACCCUCUCAGAACCCCUCUCGAACCUCCUCCCCCGCCCCAAAAGCCACGAAAGUCAGCAUCACCGGCGGAACAUCCAUGCAUGGCGCAUCCACCGUACUCACCGAACUCGACGCCGCCAUCCGCUCUCUAGAAAUAUCUACCAACAGCACACUCCUCCUUCCCGCCGCUCAACGAGCAUGUAAUUGUAUAGCGACCCGGCAUCCUCUCCUCGCUUCCGCGCCGAAUUGUUUGAAUUGCGGGAAAGUCGUGUGUGUGAAAGAGGGGUUGGGACCAUGUACAUUCUGCGGCGAGCCGUUGCUGAGCGCUGCGGAAGUGCAGGGUAUGAUUCGCAGUUUGAGGGAAGAGAGAGGGAAGGAGAAGAUGUCGUUAGAUAAUGCUUCGCAUCGUCGAGCGGAGAUAUCGAAGAAACCGGCUCCAUUCUCAGGUCCGAGGCCAGGACAGGAUUCCGUUGAGGGCAUGACGGACGCGGAGAGGAAGGCGAAGGAACAUAGGGAUCGGUUGCUGGGGUUCCAGGCGCAGAAUGCGAAGAGGACGACUGUUAGGGAUGAGGCUGCGGACUUUGAUACGGGGAUUGGAGGAAGGGGUGAGGGGGGUAACAUGUGGGCUAGUCCGGCGGAGAGGGCGAGGCAGGUUAAGCGGCAGCAGAAGAUUUUGGUGGAGCAGGAGUGGAAUGCUAGACCUGAGUAUGAGAAGAGGAGACAGGUUGUUAGUAUUGAUCUUGUGAAAGGGAAGGUUAUGAAGAGGAUGGCGGCUGUCGAUAGGCCGAAGUUUGAGGUUGAGCGAGAUGAUGAGGAUGUUCAGGUGGAGGACUUGCCACUAAACGAGAUGAGUGGAAAUGGAGAAAGAGGGAGGGGAACGUUCAGUCGGAAUCCGUUGCUUGGAGGAUUGAUCAAGCCGGUUUGGGAUUCUGGGAAGGGGAAAGACGUCGAGUUAGAAAGCAGGAAAAAGAAGACUUGGAGAAGAGUCCAGGAUAGCUUAGAGGAUAACGAGGAGAUCAUCCUCGACGGAGGAGCUUACGGUGGAACGGCCGAUAGGAUAGAGCACGAGGAACCUUCAUAGACUCUCAGACAUAGCUCCGAAAAUCCACCUACCUACUGACCAGCCUCAACAUCCAUCUUCAACACCACCCUCAACUCCCCAUCAACAACAAACUCCC